GGUCACCCGUGGUGUAGAGAAGCCAUUCGGCGAACCAUCGGAUCGUGCCAAAUUUGUGCUUGCGACGCGUCGGCUUCCGUUUCCUGCAAGAGGUGUCAAGGCAGAGAACACGUUGGGUGUGUAGAAGCAUGCGACAGCGCACGAGACGUUUGUAAUGAGACCGCGAGCAGCUCUAAUGCGCACGUGGUCCGGGCGGGCCGGGCCGCCCUGGCCCCUGCUGGUGACCCUGCUGACCGCGCUGCUGACGCUGCUGCCGUCCGCCGGCCGCGCCAGCUUCAUCGCCGAGGAGUUCAGCGACCAGUUCGCCACUGAGCGCUUCAACCACAUGGUCGUGGACGACAACACGGGCCGCGUGUACGUGGGCGCCGUCAAUCGGCUAUACCAGCUUAGCCCCGACCUCGAGCUCAAGAUCUCCGUCAAGACGGGGCCCGAGGACGACGACCCCGAGUGCUCGCCGGCCAACGAGUGCCCGGCGUACGUGGUGAAGCGACUCACCAACAACGUCAACAAGGCACUGGUGAUCGACAAGACGCAUGGCACGCUGAUCGCGUGCGGCUCGCUCUUCCAGGGGCGCUGCCAGGUGCGCAACCUGCACAAUAUCAGCUCCAUCAACCUCGAGGUGGAGGAGGCUGUGGUGGCCAACAACGAGACAGCCUCGACGGUGGCGUUCAUCGCGCCCGGGCCGCCGCGCCCGCCCGAGACGCACGUGCUGUACGUGGGCGUCACGUUCACGGGCGGCGCACGCGCGCCCUACCGCAACGAGGUGCCGGCCGUGUCGAGUCGCUCGCUCGACCUGGACCGCAUGUUCUCUAUCUCGGAGCUGGCCGUCACCACAGGCACGCGCAUGUCCAUCAACUCGCUGGCGCGCGAGCGCUACUUCAUCAACUACGUGCACGGCUUCGGCUCCAACGGCUUCAGCUACUUCCUCACCACGCAGAUGCGGCGUAGCACCGAGAUGAGCCCGUACAUUUCGAAGCUGGUGCGCGUGUGCCAGGAUGAUCCGCACUACUACUCCUACACGGAGAUCCCGAUCGACUGCAUCGACGACAAGGGCACCAAGUACAACCUGGCGCAGGCGGCGCACGUGGCCACGGCCGGCUCAUCGUGGUGGAGCCGGUGCCGGACGGGAAGGUGGCGGCUGUGGAGUACGGCGACCUGACGGUGCAGCAGAACAGCCGAGUCCAGGCCGACCUGCGGUUCGACGCCCGCCGGCAGCACCUCUACGUCAUGACGGAGAAAAAGGUGUCCAAAGUGAAGGUGCAGGAGUGCCAUCUGUAUUCAACCUGUAGCGAAUGUCUGACUGCCAAGGACCCCUACUGCGGCUGGUGCUCGCUGGAGAACAAGUGCAGCGUGCGGACGAGCUGCCAGGACGCGGCCAAGGACACGCUCUACUGGAUCAACUACAAAACGGACCGAUGCACCACCAUCGACUCUGUGACCCCGCACCAGCUGCAGGCCACUACGGCGCGCACGCUGACGCUGACCAUCAACAACCUGCCGAAGGUGAAGCCGGAGGGCAGGUUCCUCUGCGCCUUCACGCUCAUGGGCAAGACGCUCCCCACCAACGCCACGCAGACGGGACAGGACACGCUGACAUGCACCACGCCGCCGACUGACCAGCUGCCGCCCAUCCCAUCCGGACAGCGCGCCAUCACGGCCAAGCUGUCGGUGCGCAUGUCCCCGGGGCCGGGCUUCGAGGCCACGGACUUCGUGGCCACCGACUUCGGUUUCUACGACUGCAACCGGUACACGCAGUGCGGCCAGUGCGUGAGCGCGCCGUUCCCGUGCGACUGGUGUGUGGACGGGCACCGGUGCACGCACGACACGGCCGAGAACUGCCGCAACGACAUCCUCGUUACCGGCGUCAAGCGGAUCGGCCCCAGCAUCCGCAGCGGGCCCGGCUUCUGCCCCCGGAUCAACACCACCAUCGAGGGCGACGUCGAGCUGCUCGUGCCCUCCGGCAGCCAGCGCGCCGUCGUCGUCCGCGUGGAAAACAUCCCCCGGCUGAUAGCGCAGGGUCGGUUCAUGUGCCAGUUCAACAUAGAGGGUCGAGUCAUCUCUGCCGGCGCCUCGCCGCUCGGCAGCAACAUCUAUUGCCAGGAGAUGGAGUUCUCGUACAACGCCAAGCGGCCCAACACAACGGCUGCGUUUGCCGUCAUCUGGAAUGGCAACAAGCCGUUGGACAACCCAAAGAACGUCCACGUGCUAGUAUACCGGUGUUCGGAGAUGGCCGACAACUGUGGCGAGUGUCUGGCGCUGGAGCCGCGCUUCCACUGCGGCUGGUGUCAGACGACCGGACAGUGCCAGAUUCGGGACCAGUGCGCCGCUGACAACUGGCUCGACCGCGACCAGCCCUGCCCUAAUCCCCAGGUGCACGAGUUCAGCCCCAAGUCUGGUCCGUAUGAGGGCGGCACCAACAUCACCAUCACCGGCAUCAAUCUGGGCAAGGACUUCGGGGAUAUCUACGACCAGGUCACAGUGGCCGGCGUGCCGUGCAGGCCUAUUGAGUCGCUGUAUGUGAAGACCCGCCAGAUAGUCUGUGAGGUCGACGGACCGGGUACCAGAGAGUACCUGAGCGGCCCGGUGCUGGUACGCGUCGCCAGCUACCAGGCCAAGUCGGAGCAGAACUACCGCUUCGUCGACCCUCGCAUCGAGCGCAUCGCGCCCGAGCGCGGGCCGCGUUCGGGCGGCACGCGGCUGCGCAUCUUCGGCCUGCACAUGGACGCCGGCCUGCUCAUCCGCGCCCAGAUCAACGAGCUGCCGUGUCGCGUGCUGGAGACGGCCUCCACUUACGCCGUGUGCGUGACCUCGGCGGCGGCCUACACCACCGAGGGCCGGCUCAGCAUGACGUUCGACCGGUCGAAGCGGCUGCUGGCCGGCCAGACGUACACCUACGUGGACGACCCGCAGGUGCUGGAGGUGACGAGCGGCCCGAACACGCAGUACAAGGUGCCGAAGGGCGUGCCGUCCGGCGGUAUCCGGGUCAGCGUGCGCGGCCGGAACCUGCAGCACGUCCAGGAGCCGCGUAUGGCCGUGCAGCACGCCGGCCGAGAGUACCUCAGCGAGCCGUGCAAGGUGCUGACGGACGAGCUGAUGACGUGCAUGACGCCGCUCAUCCCCGCCUUCCUCGAUCCGGACAGCAUCAGACCGGAAAAACCCGAGCUGCUCGACUACGGCUUCGUCAUGGACAACGUGCGGAGCGUACAGAACAUCUCCACCCACGGCGGCAACGGCAAGUUCCAGCUGUUCCCGGACCCCGUCUACAUGCCCUUCAGGGACGAGGAUGGCAUCAAGUACUACAAGAGCGACUACCUCACCAUCAAUGGACGGAACCUCAACUGGGCCUGCAAAGACACGGACGUCACCGUCCACAUCGGCACGGCCUUCUGCAACGUGACCUCGCUCUCGCGAAAUCAACUGACCUGCAAGCCGCCCAGCAAGGCGCCCAUGGCCAUUGGCAGCGAUGGACAGCCCACCGAUCGCCAGCUGCCGCACGUGGUGGUCCGGAUCGGCAACAGGCUCAACUACACGAUCGGUCGGCUCUCGUACGCGGCAGCGGCUGUCGGAGGCGGAGCACUACCUCAGGAUGUGAUUAUCGGUGUGGUCGUGGGCGGUGCGGUGCUGCUGCUGCUCGUUUUCGUCAUCCUGGUCCUGUACCGGCGCAAGUCGUCCGAGAGCUCGCGUGUGCUAAAGAACAUGCAGGAGCAGAUGGACGUGCUGGAGCUGCGCGUGGCCGCCGAGUGCAAGGAAGCGUUCGCGGAGCUGCAGACGGAGAUGACGGACCUGACGUCGGACAUCACCGGCUUCGGCAUCCCGUUCCUCGAGUACCGCGCCUACUGCAUGAAGAUCCUGUUCCCGAGCCAGGAGGACCACCCGGUGCUGCAGUGGAACAACCGGCCCGACUUGCAGCGUCGCGAGAAGGGGCUGCGCCUCUUCGGCCAGCUCAUCAUCAACAAAACCUUCCUGCUGCUCUUCAUCCGUACCCUGGAGAGCAACCGAUACUUCAGCAUGCGCGACAGGGUGAAUGUGGCCUCGCUGAUCAUGGUGACACUCCAGUGUCGGAUGGAGUACUGCACGGACAUCCUGAAGACGCUGCUCUCGGAGCUGAUCGAGAAGUGCACAGAGUGCAACGGUUCCCACCCCAAGCUGCUUCUCAGGAGGACCGAGUCAGUGGCGGAGAAGAUGCUGUCCUCCUGGUUCACGUUCCUGCUGUACAAGUUCCUACGGGAGUGCGCCGGCGAGCCGCUGUACCUGCUGUACCGCGCCAUCAAGCAGCAGGUGGACAAGGGCCCCGUGGACGCCGUAACCAGCGAGGCGCGCUACUCGCUCUCCGAGGAGAAACUCAUCCGACAGCAGAUCGACUUCACCUACAUGACGGUGUACGUGUCGAUGCCGCCACAGACCAUCUACGUGUCGGGUCUGGACCCGCACCAGGACAACGCCGAUAUACCGGUGCGCGUGCUCAACACCGACACCAUCACCCAGACCAAGGAGAAGAGCCUCGACUACAUCUAUCGCUCGACACCCUUCUCCUUGCGGCCGCGCAAGGAGGACCUUGACCUAGAGUGGCGCACGGGCAACUCGGGGCGGCUCAUUCUUAACGACGAGGACUCCACCAUCAAGCUGGAGGCCGGCUGGAAGAAGCUAAACACGCUGGCAUAUUACCGCGUGCCGGACGGCGCGCUGCUGACGCUCGUGCCCAAGCAGAGCUCGCUGUACAAUCUGAGCAUUCUGUCGGAGAAGUCGGACAAGUCGCACAAGUACGAGACGCUCAACCUGACCAAGUACGGCGCCCAGAGUCCGCCUCUCAGCCGAGCCAUGAGCCCCACCAACCAGGAGAACGGCAUCAAGGUGUGGCAUCUGGUGCGCCACUCUGAGUCAGAACAGCGCGACGGCGAACGCGGCAACAAGAUGGUCUCGGAGAUCUACCUGACGCGCCUGCUGGCCACCAAGGGCACGCUGCAGAAGUUCAUGGACGACCUGUUUGAGACCAUCUUCAGCACAGCGCACCGCGGCUCGGCGCUGCCGCUGGCUAUCAAGUACAUGUUUGACUUCCUGGACGACCAGGCGCUGCAGCACGGCAUCGUCGACCUCGACACGGUCCACACGUGGAAGAGCAACAGUUUACCGCUACGGUUCUGGGUCAACCUGAUCAAGAACCCCAACUUCGUGUUCGACAUCCACAAGUCGAACAUUGUCGACUCGUGUUUAUCGGUGGUGGCCCAGACCUUCAUGGACUCGUGCUCCACAUCUGACAACAAGCUCGGCAAGGACUCGCCGUCUAGCAAGCUGCUGUACGCCAAAGACAUCCCCGUCUACAAGGAAUGGGUGACGAAGUACUACGACGACAUCAAGAUGAUGCCAGCCAUCUCUGACCAGGACAUGAACGCCAUGCUGGCAGAGGAGAGCAGGCUGCACCAGCAGGAGUUCAACACCAACUGUGCACUGCACGAGCUGUACGCGUACGCCGUCAAGUACAGCGAUCAGCUGAUGGCUAACCUGGAGGAAGAUGAGUUCUCCAGCCGACAGAGGCUGGCGCUCAAGCUGGAACAGGUUCACAAGAUCAUGGCUGGCGAGCCCGAUCCCUGACAAUUACAGUCGGGCGUGCUGGAGUGGACCGGCUGGAACGGCGAGUGGCAGUAGACGCACAUAACUACCGAGCGCGGCGGGCAGAGCUGCGGCGCGGGCAGAGCGCGCGCGCGCCCGCCGCGCACCCCGUUCCAGCCGGCCGCUGCGGCCGCCAGAGGACGGCGCUGAUCUCACCGGGCGGCCGCGCUCCGGCCCGCUCCAAUCAAAAGCGAGCCUCACCGUGCGCGGGUCUGCGGCCGCGCUCCACGGUCGGGCGCCCACUGUCGGCCGGACAGACGCCGGCGAGGUCUGGAGCCGCACUAGAUGAUUGUGAUACUUGCUCUAAAUAUCAAAUGUCUGUUUUCUAUGGCGUGCGCGCGCCCCGUCUGGGCGUCGGUGUGUCUGUGUGCGCGCGUGUGCUUGUCGCGGUGUCUGUGUCGCCGUGUGGCGCCAUCGUGGCCCGGUGCCGCCCUCGGGCAGCGUGGUCGGAUGUCCCUCUCAACGUGCCUGACUGUUCGUGUGUCGCUUGUCCGCGGCAAUCUUCCAAGCCUGCGCCCGCGCCUGCCGCGUCGAGAAGAUUCCUCGACCUCUCCAUUUCUGCUGAUGCGGACCCUUUCGUCGCCGACGGGAAAAAGCGUUGCUGAUCGGGGUGGGCGCGCUCUUUUUUGCUGACGAGAGGCAGACAUCCGCCAUUGUCACAACGUAAGCCGAGUUAUUGGCAUCUUUUACGUAAGCCUGCUUACUCCGCAUUUAAAUCGACGAUGUCAUAUGUUAUUUCGCUGUUCUAUGGCGCCGUAACGUACCCUGCGCGUCCAACCGUCACGCGUUGCCGUUACGUACCCAGGACGGCGUCCAAGUGUACCUUGCGCAGCACUCGUGCCGUGCUGUGCGUGCUUGUUUCGGCGGGGCGGACGACAGCGUCCCGUACUUACCCGCCCGGCUCCCGUGCCAUCAUUUGUAAAUAGCUGAGGAUGUUCAGUCAUGACACAGCAAUAUCGCCGCCCACUCGGGGUUGGCUUGUAUUCGUUCAUGUUCAUUUUUUUCACGAGCGCGCUCCAACGAAUCCCGCGUCCGCCGUCUGUUUUGUUAACAAGCUGCUUUUUCCAUCGCUGGGGAGGUUUUGUAUUGGAUGUUCUCAGGUAUGCCGAGUGACUGGGGUUUUAUAUAUGUUUUAUCCUGCGUCAGCUGUAUCAUGAUGUCGGCGAACUCGGCGCUGAUAUCUCAUCGAUGCCGCGGGAUGGCUUUGUGCGCUGCACGUACAGAAAUCAGCAUUUAUGCGUGCCGACGGAAUGGGUUUUGUAACAUGGAAGCGGAUUGGUUGUUUUUUACUGGAUCUAGUCUCGCAGCCAAUCCGCGUGAGUGACUUUCACGCGCAUCGUGACAGCGCCUGGUGUCAACGGUGCUGCGUGAAGAAUGGUUAUUGUUACAUUAUGAAUGUAUGUGUUUGUAUUUGUGUACAUCACGCUCAUUGCGAAAAUACAUUUUUCAAUGAACU